AUGGCGACGGCGUCGGAGGCCAAGAUGGCGGAGGCGGGUGCCCCUCUGGUGGAAGGGAGCUCCUCGUCGACGAGGCCGGGAAGCAGCCUCCACGCCGCCUCCACCCGCGCCUUCAGCCUCCGCCCGGCCUUCAUCCGCAAAUUUCGCACAUCCGCAGUGAAGGAGUGUAUCCAUGAAGUGCUAAAGGAGCACCUGACUGCCGUACAGUACUCGCCUGAAGAAAUCCCAGUAAUUACCAAACUCCUAUCAGAGACGAUCAGAGACAAGCUGAAGGAGAAAGGAUUUCAAAGAUAUAAAAUAGUUGUGCAAGUGGUGAUUGGAGAACAAAGAGGUGAAGGUGUUAACAUGGCUGCCCGAUGCUUCUGGGAUGCAGAUACUGACAACUAUGCUCAGGAUGUUUUCAUUAAUGACAGCCUCUUCUGCGUGGCAGUGGCUUUUGGCUGUUACUUCUACUAACGCAGAUGGGAAGCUCAAAGAAUGAAGACUGCUUCUCCAGAAGGAAAACAAAAUAUACACAGAAGUUGUGCUGCAUAUAUAUAUAUAUAUAUAUAUAUAUAUAUAUAUAUAUAUAUAUAUAUUAAAAAACUAUAGUUGAUAUGUUUAAUAACAACAGUCAUAUUUUUCUACAUAGCAGUCGUGCGAUUGUUCUUGUAAAUAAAAGUAUCCUGAAGUGAAUGGGGUUAUGAUCCUGCCCAGCUCUAGUUCAUUCCUUAUGUUUAUAUGUACCUUUUUUAUGCUCGGUGCAGAAUGGGACCCAUCUGGAUUUGUUGGGAUUACUAACAAUUGACAUUGCUGGGUGCAGAUCCAUUGUAUGUCUUGCAGAGGUGAAUCCAUUUUCAAUGUAUAUACCGAAAUCAUAGUAAAACUUGUUUUGUAAUCCAUUA